UUUAAACAAAUUAAAAAGAUUUAAAUAAUAAUAAAACAAAAAAAUGCAAACCUAUAUAUGGCCCAUAUUGCUGCCAUUAUUAUUUCUGGCCUAUUCAUUGCCUUUAUUCUUAAGAGUCUAUGCCACCACCCAAAUGGUCAUAGAUGAGGAGUUUCAUUUAAGGCAGGGCCUACAUUUUUGCAAUAAAAGAUUUGAGGUGUGGGACUCUAAAAUCACCACUUUUCCUGGACUCUACUUAUUUUCUUUGGUGUUAAAUCCUUUGGAUUUUUGUUCGGUGUUGGGUUUGAGGCUUAUAUCUUUAGCAGCAGCUGCUAUUAAUGUGGUUUUAUUGUAUAAAAUCAGACGCAAGAAUUUGGAUAAUAUACAAUCAUCUUUAGCCGCCCUAGAUGCAUUUACUAUAGCUGCAUUGCCUCCUUUAUAUUUCUUUUCGCAUUUAUACUAUACAGAUACCUUGUCUAUGACCGCUGUUUUAUUGUUUUAUAUGUACUGGCAAAAGGAGCAACAUUUGCAGGCCUCUGUUUAUGCUGCCGCCAGUGUUCUUAUGCGCCAGACAAAUGUUGUUUGGCUGGGCAUGGCUUUUGGUACUACAGCAUUGGAUGUACUCACCAAAAAUUAUGCGGAAUUUAAAAGUAUUAAGGCACAGGAUGUUAAGUUAUAUAAACCCAAGGUCAUUUUGGAAAUUGUAACCAACUUUAAACUUUUACUGAAAUGUAUUUGGCAUAUACUCAAGAAAGGCUGUUUCUACAUGAUUAUAAUACUGCCCUUUUUAGGUUUUGUUUACCUAAAUGGUUCUAUAGUUUUAGGGGAUAAAAGAGCCCAUGAAGCCUCAAUACAUAUACCACAGCUAUUUUAUUUUUCCAUAUUCUGCCUAAUUUUCGCUGUCUCCAAUACAUUGUGUCAACUGCGUGCCACUUUGCAAUUAGUAUUAAAAGAAAAACUUAUAUUCAUCUUCCUAACUGGGAUUUUUAUGCUGAUAGUCAAAUGGAAUACUUUGGUACAUCCUUAUCUUUUAGCCGAUAAUCGCCAUUAUAUUUUCUAUAUAUGGCAACGUUUUUAUCAUCGUUAUUCCUGGUUCCGUUAUGCCAUGUGUCCAAUAUAUGUGUUUGCCUUAAUGGCCAUACAUCAAGGUCUUAAGCAUUUACGUUCAUCGUUUAAGUUAAUGUUUUGGUUGGCCGUGUUUUUGGUUUUAUGCUUUCAACGUUUGUUGGAGCUUAGAUAUUUCUUAAUACCUUUUGUUUUGUUCCGUUUGAAUACCAGGCCAAAUCUUAAGAAUCGUUUAGCACAAUGGUUGGAACUGGGUUUCUAUGUUGUGUUGAAUGCUUUGACAUUUUAUAUAUUCUUUACCAAAGAAAUUAAAUGGAAAGAUUUUAAAGAACCACAAAGGAUUAUAUGGUAAUGAGAGGAGGAGGACGUUAAUAGUGGUAACAGACAUACAUAUGAGCAUGAACUAAACUUGUAAAAGACUUAAUAUGAAUUAUAUAAUAAUAAAUAUAUUUAUGUCAUUUCAGAAUUAUGUAUGAUUGGCUAUUAAGUAUUCUGGA